GGUGAGACGGGACUCGUCAGUUUGCAUCGCCGUUGCUUCGCGCGCUUACUCUCGCAGAGAUGAGGCGGAAGGAGAAGAGGCUGCUGCAGUUCGCUGGGCUGCUCAUAGCGGCUCUGUUAUUCCUCCCUAACGUCGGGCUAUGGUCUUUGUACAGGGACCGAGUGUUUGACAACUCUCUCAACACAGUGGAUGCACCGAUACAGUGGUUGAACCAGCUGCGUAAGGUCACUCAGGUGGGACUCGAUGGUGUGCGGCGGAUAGACUGGCACGACUAUGAGGCAAUGAAGAGAGAUGCUGCACGCAUUGGUAAUGGUGAACAGGGGAAACCAUUUCCUCUGACAGAAAAUGACAGAGUCGACCAAGCCUACAGGGAAAACGGCUUCAACAUUUAUGUCAGCAACCGGAUCUCUCUCAACCGCUCCCUCCCAGACAUCCGCCAUGAAAACUGUAGACAGAAGCUGUAUGCAGAAAAGCUUCCCAACACCAGUAUUAUCAUCCCUUUCCAUAAUGAGGGCUGGUCAUCUCUGCUAAGGACUGUUCACAGUGUGCUCAACCGAUCUCCUCCGCAACUCAUCACAGAGAUCAUAUUGGUCGAUGACUUCAGCGACAAAGAGCACCUAAAGGUGGCACUGGAGGAGUACAUGAAGCGGAUGCCUAAGGUUCGCAUCUUGAGGACGAAGAAGAGGGAAGGCCUGAUCAGAACUCGUCUGCUUGGAGCCGCUGCUGCCAAGGGGGAAGUCCUCACCUUCCUGGACUCACACUGUGAGGCUAACGUCAACUGGCUGCCUCCACUGCUGGACCGAAUUGCCCAGAACAGGAAGACCAUUGUAUGUCCAAUGAUUGACGUCAUCAACCAUGACAAUUUUGGCUAUGACACACAGGCAGGAGAUGCCAUGCGAGGGGCAUUUGACUGGGAAAUGUACUACAAACGAAUUCCCAUCCCUCCAGAGAUGCAGAGGGAUGACCCCAGUGAACCUUUUGAGUCACCAGUGAUGGCAGGCGGACUGUUUGCUGUGGAUAGAAAGUGGUUCUGGGAGCUGGGAGGAUAUGACACUGGUCUAGAGAUCUGGGGAGGAGAGCAGUAUGAGAUCUCCUUCAAGCUGUGGAUGUGUGGUGGUCGGAUGGAGGACAUCCCUUGCUCCAGGGUAGGACACAUCUAUAGGAAGUAUGUCCCCUACAAAGUCCCUGGUGGGAUCAGCUUGGCAAAGAAUCUAAAACGUGUAGCAGAAGUUUGGAUGGAUGAAUACGCCGAGUAUGUGUACCAGCGUCGCCCUGAGUAUCGGCACCUGUCUGCAGGUGACAUGACAGUGCAGAAGGAACUGAGGACUCGAUUAAACUGCAAGAGCUUUAAGUGGUUCAUGAACGAAGUGGCCUGGGAUCUUCCCAAACACUACCCACCAGUAGAGCCUCCUGCUGCUGCAUGGGGAGAGAUACAGAAUGUGGGCAGUGGCAUGUGUAUGGAGGUCAAGCACUUUGUGUCAGGGAGCCCCAUACGCCUGGAGAGCUGUGUGAAAGGGCGUGGUGAAGUGGGCUGGAGUCAUGGACAGGUGUUAACGUUUGGCUGGAGGGAGGAUAUCCGGGUGGGUGACCCCAUGCAUACAAGGAAGCUGUGCUUUGAUGCUGUCUCCCACAGCAGCCCGGUCACCCUGUAUGACUGUCACGGCAUGAAGGGGAACCAGCUGUGGCGGUACAGAAAGGAUAAGAGUCUGCAUCAUCCCGUCAGUAACAGCUGUAUUGAUAGCAGUCCGAGUGAGCGGCGAGUCUUCAUGAACACAUGUGACCCCACCUCUCUCAGCCAGCAGUGGCUGUUUGAAAGAACCAAUGCCACUGUGCUGGAGCACUUCAACCAGGGCACCAACUGAGCUUACUGAACAGUGAGAUUAGAUGUCUUCCAAAAAGAAAGGUCAUAAAUCAGUGGUCAUCUUGUUCAAGUACAAAUGAAAGCUACAAGUGAGAACACGCAGGUUUCCAAACAUUCCCUGUGGUACAGUGAUC